AUGUCUCAAGGCACAAGACUCCAAGGCAAAGUUGCCAUCGUGACUGGAGGAGGCUCAGGCUUCGGCGCCGCAAUCGCUCGCCGCUUCGGCGAAGAAGGCGCCAAAGUAAUCGUCACAGAUAUCAACGUCGAAGGCGGCGAACAAGUCGCCGCACUCAACCCCUCCAACCUCAUGUUUCAGCGGAUGGAUGUAACCCAAGAGAGCGACUGGAAAGCAGUGUUGGAUUUGGCAUUCUCGAAGUUCGGCCGACUCGAUGCGCUGGUCAAUAACGCAGGCACUACUUAUCGGAACAAGCCGACGGCAGAGGUCACAGAUGCAGAAUGGGAGCGCGUGUUCAACGUCAACGUAAAGAGCAUCUUCCUCGCAACCAAGACUGUCAUGCCACGCUUAAUCGAGCAGGGCUCUGGCGGCUCAGUGAUCAACAUUUCAUCUACGGGUGCAACGCGGCCGCGGCCUGGGUUGGUGUGGUACAAUGCCUCCAAGGGGGCCGUCACCAACGCUACAAAGGGUCUUGCGGUAGAGUAUGGCCCACACAAUAUCCGUGUGAACAGCGUGGCUCCUCUCCUUUCUGGUACUGGGCUCUUCUCCAUGUUCACGGGCAUGGAGGAUACUCCCGAGAAUAGAGAGAAGUUUAUUGGAAAUGUGCCGCUGGGUCGACUUACUGAGGCUGAUGAUAUUGCUAAUAUGUGUCUUUAUCUGGCUAGCGAUGAGGGGCGGUUUAUCAAUGGUACUGAGAUGGUUGUUGAUGGUGGAAAGUGUGUUUGA